UCGGGGUUCUCCAUCAUGACGCAGCGCGGAGGACACCGGCUGAAACCCGAGGACGACCUCCCGGUUUAUCUCGCCCGUCCCGGCUCGGCUGAGCACGUUCCCCGGCAGAAAUACGGCGGCUUGUUCUGCAGCGUCCAGGACGCUCAUGACAGUAAAACUAUUGACUUUGAUGCCCUCAGUGUUGGACAGAGAAGCUCCAGAUUCCCGAGGAGCGUCAGACGAGAUCAAGAGGAGAGGAGAAGCCCGGCGAACGGCAACAGGAGCCCCGAUGAUUUAGGAAUGAGCCCCGGAGAGAUGCAACCCGGAGGAGUCGAAGUGCUCCAGGACCUGGGGGAUGGAAAGAGCGACCGGCUUCUGAUCAAAGGAGGGAGAAUUGUGAACGAUGACCAGUCCUUCAAUGCUGAUAUCUACAUGGAGGAUGGCCUCAUUAAGCAGAUCGGCGACAACCUGAUCGUUCCAGGUGGCGUUAAAACCAUCGAGGCCAACGGGAAGAUGGUGAUCCCCGGUGGUAUUGACAUCCACACCCGCUUCCAGAAGCCAUACCGUGGAACCACAGCUCUGGAUGACUUUGCUCAGGGAACUAAGUCUGCCCUUGCUGGUGGCACCACCAUGAUUGUGGAUCAUGUGUUCCCGGUGCCUGGCAGCAGCCUGAUGGAGGCCUACGACCAGUGGAAGCAGUGGGCAGAUGAGAAAGCCUGUUGCGAUUACUCGCUCCAUGUGGACAUCACCCACUGGGAUGACACCGUAAAGCAGGAGGUGGAUCAUCUCGUUAAGGAGAAAGGUGUGAACUCAUUCCAGGUCUACAUGGCCUAUGAGGAUUACUGCCAGAUGACCAACAGUGAGCUCUAUGAGAUCUUUACCUUCUUAGCAGAGAGGGGCGGAAUCGCUCAGAUCCACGCUGAAAAUGGCGAGAUCAUCUCGAAGGAGCAAAGCCGGAUGUUGCAGAUAGGCAUAACUGGACCAGAGGGCCAUGUGCUGAGCAGGCCAGAAGAGCUGGAGGCCGAAGCCGUAUUUCGUGCUGUAACCAUCGCCAGCCAAACCAACUGUCCUCUCUAUGUGACCCGAGUCAUGAGCAAGAGCGCUGCUGACAUCAUCUCACAGGCGCGGAAAAAAGGAAAUGUGGUGUUUGGGGAGCCCAUUGCAGCCAGCCUGGGGACUGACGGGACACAUUACUGGAGCAAGAACUGGGCCAAAGCAGCUUAUUUUGUUACAUCACCUCCUCUUAGUCCCGACCCCACCACUCCGGACUAUCUCAACACACUGCUGGCAAGUGGAGACCUGAGUGUAACUGGCAGCGCUCAUUGCACCUUCAGCGUGGCUCAGAAGGCCAUCGGAAAGGACGACUUCACUCAGAUCCCAGAGGGUGUCAAUGGAGUGGAGGAAAGGAUGUCGCUCAUCUGGGAUAAAGCUGUGACCACGGGUAAAAUGGAUGAGAACAUGUUUGUAGCUGUCACCAGCACUAACGCUGCUAAGAUCCUGAACCUGUACCCUCGGAAGGGUCGGAUUGCUGUGGGCUCUGAUGCCGACUUGGUCAUCUGGGACACAGACGCUGUUCGCACCAUCACUGCCAAGACACACCAGUCGGCUGCUGAAUACAACAUUUUUGAGGGCAUGGAGCUGCGUGGCGCCCCACAGGUGGUGAUAUGCCAAGGAAAGAUUGUUCUGGAAGAUGGAAACCUUCAUGUCACCUCUGGAGUGGGACGCUUCAUUCCCUGCUCUCCUUACCCGGACUUUGCCUAUAAACGUAUUAAAGCCAGGAAGCAGCUGGCCGUUCUGAGGGCGGUGCCCAGAGGAAUGUACGAUGGCCCAGUGUCUGAGUUCUCCCUGUCCCGUGGCGGUACCCCCUCCGCCUCGGCACGCACCUCACCAACCAAACAGCCUGUCAGAAACCUGCACCAGUCUGGAUUUAGUCUAGCAGGUAACCCUGCAGCAUGUGGUCCCCCCACUCCAGAGGACCUCCCCAUCAGGCCUGCUGGUCGCCGCAUUGUAGUGCCCCCUGGUGGUCGCUCCAACAUCACUUCUCUGAGUUAAACAGCAGGAAGACAAAGAGACGCUCCCACAAAAUAACAGCCAGAUUGCAAAAUUGAGGGUGGGAGGGAAAUGGGGAGGAGGAGAGGAGGUAUGAAGAGGACCAUUAGUAAAACAAACAAACAAACAAACAAACAAAAGUUUAAGAAACAAAACACUGAAUCCUCAUGCCUUACCUGUCACAGUGCUACUAUGCUCAGAUGAGAAAUGUAUCCCUUUUCCUACAGGGAGUCAGAGGUUAGGAAUCACCACCAAAGCACAUUUCAUGACCAGUCUUAGGUUCACUUCUUCUCUACAGAGAAAACACGAUUUCCAACAAAAUUCUGCUAAUCAAGAAUAAAACAGGAAAAUGGAUACCUCCUUUCUCAGAAUGAUGCUAUUCCUCUUUUACCCUGCUUGCCUUUUAAUGUCACUCCCUUUUCAGUUGCCUGCUUUCUCCAUAAUCACAAAAACCUAACACUAGACUCCAUUAGCCACGAAUCCUCCUGCAGUACCAUUGGUUAGCACUAGGUGGUGUUGUAUAUACAAUAGAUGUAAUGUAGCUUUGUGAAUGAUGUUGUUGCAGCCUGUUUGGAUUUCCUAGACCAGGCAAAAAUACAAAACGCCGCUGAAAGCAGGAGUGCUGUUGGACAUGGACCUGCAUGGGCCACAUUACUAUGGGCGACGUGAUCCAUGAUCCUUAUCCACCUUCUCCUCAGAGAUGUUCUCCUGAUGUACCGUAUUGAUUAUCAGUUUUUUUAAAGAGUAAAAGUAUGAUCUGCUUAGGAGGAGACUUAAAAAGACAAAUACAAUUAUUUAAUUAUUCUUUAUCACCCACUUUUAUUUGUCUACAUUCCAUCUGCAUCUUAACAAAACAUUGCAAGAAAUAGUCCUUUGCAUUUGCUUCUAGCAUACUGGCUGCAACUAACCAUGCAAUCACCUCAACAUAAACAGAUUGGUGAAUUAAAAGUAGAAAACUGAUCACCAGGAGGAGGAAUUCACUGUUCUGUGAAGCAACUUGUGACAAGAAGUCUUGCAGAUGCAAUGACCCGAUGAAAUAAAUAAAUCUGAUCUCAGAUAUUGGUGCUUUACCUCCAGAUUUACUCAUUUUUCUAAUUCCCUCCCAACUGGGCUCCCAGUAAAGGACACCAUUCUCUUAGCAUUCCAAUACAACCCUAUAAUAAAGUAUUUUAUGCAUUCAACAUCAGCUGAAUAACAAAAAACAAUCAGCCCAGUCGUCUGGUUCUGAUCGGUCGAAGAGGGAGGGAAUUAGAGCUCGUUUUUAUGUCUGCUGUUUUCUGCUCAGGCAGAGGAUUCUGGUGCCGUUUUUGUUAUGCAGUUGUGUGGGGAAGGUUAGAAGGAGAGGUUGGUUUUAUUUGGCAAUCUGAGGCUAGCACAGGUGGCGUUUUGUUGUAUUUAUGUUGGUUUGAGAACCUUUGUCACUGUUUAUUUUUUUACUUUAAAGAUCCGAACCCUGAAAUGACAGGUGAAAAACCAAGGUGUGGUAGUAUCGUUUGUUUCCUGAAUAAACAUGAGUUGCAACAGA